GAGUGAGGAGACCCCCACAGUGACCGCCCCCUCCACACACAGCUCUCAACCACAGACAACACUUACAGAGCCGGGCCAUUUAAACAAGCAGCUCCCGCAGCGCUUCACACACACACUCAAUAUGAGCACCGGCGUGGAGCGGCUGUUUGACGAGCUCGGUCACUUCAGGAGGUUCCAGGCUUGCCUGUACUUCGCUGCAGUUUUCCAGGCCACCUCUUGUGGGAUUCACUAUCUGGCUUCGGUGUUCCUGGUGGAGACGCCGAAAUUCCUGUGUGAUGCACCUGGAAAUGUCACAAAUGUUCAGUACGGGAACCACUCAGCAUCAUCCCUGGAGGACAUCUGGUCAGUUUACAAGCCCGGGAAGGGUCCGGUAGUGGUGCAGACAGUUGAUGGAGAGCAGUGGGAACUCAGCCCCUGUUGCAGGGUGCUGCGCCACAACCCGGUCGACUUCCACUACGAGUUUGAUGGCAAUAGGACUGUGGAGGCAUGCAGUCAGUACGUGUUCGACCACAGCCAGGUGGAGCAGAGUAUAGUGACAGAAUGGGACUUGGUGUGUGAUAAGGAAUGGCUCGCCAAGCUUUCACAGCCCACUUUUAUGCUUGGGGUCCUGAUUGGAGCAUUGGUGUUUGGAGACAUUGCUGAUAGGGUUGGCAGGCGCCCUGUUCUGAUGGCCACCAGCUUAUGCCAGUUUGCCUUUGGUAUUAUUGUGGCAUUUACAGGAAACUACUACUUUUUUGUAGCAGUGCGCUUCCUACUAGCCAUGGUGUCGAGUGGUUAUCUAGUGGUGGUCUUCGUCUAUGUUACGGAGUUUACCGGGAGUAAGGUCCGUACCUGGACUUCUAUGCACGUGCACGCAGCCUUUGCAGUGGGCAUCAUGGUGGUGGCUCUGGUGGGGUAUUUGGUGCGUGUCUGGUGGAUGUAUCAGAUCAUCCUGACCCUCAGCACAUGCCCAUUUCUGCUCUACUGCUGGAAGUUCCCUGAGACGCCCUUCUUCCUGAUUGCUAAAGGACGACACCAGGAAGCACAGCAACUGCUGGACACCAUCGCCCAAUUUAAUGGUCUGGAGCCCAAACUCAAGGUGUCUGAAUUGAUUGAAGACAGUGGGAAGCCUUUGCUGACGGAUGGGCAGAUCCAGGAGUACAAGCCGGAGGAACCAGAGAAGAAGCUGAGUAUCCUGGACAUGUUUGGUAGCUGGAAGAUGGCUGGUCGCAGUGCUACCUGCUGGUCCAUCUGGUUUAUUGGCUCCCUAGGCUACUAUGUGUUUAGCCUAGGCUCCGUCAAUCUGGGAGGAAACCAAUAUGUCAACCUCUUCCUGGCUGGUGCAGUCGAGCUGCCCUCGUAUCUGAUUGGCUGCUUUGCGAUGGACCGUGUGGGCAGGAGAAAGACCUGUGCUCCAGCACUUCUGCUGAGUGGAGUAGCCUGCAUGCUUAUCAUCGCAGUACCUCAGGACAUUGAGUUCUUGGCGAUUAUUCUCAGUAUGACGGGGAAGUUUGCCAUCGCCAUUGCAUUUGGCCUGGUUUAUUUGUACACGUGUGAGUUGUACCCCACAAUCAUCAGGUCUCUAGCGGUGGGCAGUGGUAGUAUGAUGUGUCGGGUUGGAAGUGUGGUGGCACCGUUCUGUGUCUACCUUGCUGACGUCUGGAUCUACCUGCCUCAGCUUAUUGUGGGGAUCCUAGCCUUCAUUAUUGGAAUUCUGACCAUGUUCCUGCCUGAGACACUCGGAGAACCCCUCACCUCCACCCUGGAGGAGGCGGAGGCUCUGGGUACCAAGUUCAGCAAGAAACAGAGAAGAGAGGAUGGAAUAGCAUUGAACCUGACUGACAGUAAAGCCUGAAAAAAAGAAACCAAAGAAGAAAAGAUUCAUACAGAGAGUACUUUACAAUGUCCCACUGUUGACCACUGUUGACAGAAGACCACGCAGGAUAUCCAACCACAAAGGACCUAUUUUUACAACACAAAAAGCUCAUUUUUUUUGACAGACUGAACACCAACGAUGGAAUGAGAGUGAUUGGCAAAGAAGCUAUCCAUGAAGGAAAUCAACCUUGAAGACUUGUAAAAGACUUGUUCGCUUUUUGGAGCAUUAAUAUUGUCUUAGAUCCAAGUUUUGAGGUUUUGUUCAGCUACUGAUUUGAUAUUUGAAUCAGUAAUGGACCUAGAAGUCAGUCUUGGUGGCUGGCUGAAGUGUUUGGCAAUAUUUGCUUUAAGAAACACUAUUAAUGAACUCUGAUGGAAACAUUCUUUAAGAAUGACUCAUUACAAUUGUAUUAUUAUAGGAAAGUUAAUUGGUAGAAAAGUAUGUGGUUGGGUGUUUUUUUUUCAGUUUGGCUGCUUGGGAUUUGUAUGUCAUUUGUAUUAAAUGUAAAGAAAAUGUGAAAGUUAAUAGGCACAUCAUUUCUUACCUUUUUCACAAAACAUACUAGUUGUACAUUCACUUCAUCUUAUUUAUCUUAUGGAAAUGUAAAUGUAAUAACAGUCCUGUUUCAAUUUAUGGGUUCAGUAAUGUUAGUAUGCCUAUUCAUCUCAAAUCAGAAGUAAUAUAUAUUUAUUAGCAAAAAGAGGUUGGUUGCUUCUAUUCUGAUUCAUUUUCUUAUAAAUAUUACACAAACAUACAUGUACAAAUGUGAAAAUGUAUCAUUUGAUGUGAUUUGCAAAGACAAAGAUUAAUUACAUUGAUGAUUAACAUUUAUGUUAACAUGUAUGUGUUUUUACUGUCAUGGUGGAUCUGUAUCAUGUUUUGAUAGUAACUGUAAUUUGUUCAUUUGUAAGUAGACCUUAUUUAUAAGAUCUCUUUUACUAAACACUGGAAUCCAAUUGGUUUAACAUUUGUUAUUUAUUGUAUGUUGAUGUAUUUGCAGGGUGAACGAGUAAUAAUAAUCUGUAAUAUCUCACAUUAACUAAGUGUACACAGUUAUUUAAAAUGUAUGUAGAAUGGGAGGGUCAUUCCUUAUUGUACAUUCCAGGAUAUGAAAUAGGAAUGGGUCUGUAUUAAGACAAGUGUCUCUAUAAGGAAAGUUAUUAUUUUUACUUUUCAUACCUUGUACUAUGGUGUGAUUAUGAUGGCUGGAUUAAUGUAACAUAAUUUAUUAACAUGACACUUCUGUAUACAUGAAUACAAUACCUACCAAACAUGCAACAACACAAUUACUAUGUAAAGGUUUACACAGGUACAAUAGGCACCCCAAGAGAAUAAAGCUCAGAACUUGCUGUGGUCUCUUUAAUUAGCUUAUUAUGGCUAAUAAUAAGCUAAUUAAACCCAAGUAAUUCAAAUUCUAGA